UGGCCAUUCAUCGCCCUACACACUUGAUUGACAGUAUAACCGACCAAUGGUGAGCGGUUAAACUAUCGCGGUGGUUGGAGGAUUAGCGAUGAGUCUACUUUGGACAAAAGAGAUAUAUAUGCAACCUUCGCGUUGUUCUAGGUGGCAACUUUGUCACUACUUUCAGCCAAGGAAUGAUCUAUGUAACAACAUUUGCUGGAUACUUCUGUUCCGUUUUGUAGCUCCGUUAUAAAGGUACCGUCAUCUUUCGGCACUGUUGGAGCACCGGCUGCUAGCCAUCGCAAGCAAUCCUAGUGAGAGGAGAACUGUAAGAGAGGGAGAGAAGAGAUCGGAUAGAGAAGAGUGACCAGUGGCGUGGGCAGAGAUGGGAGAACCAGAGUCCCUUAAGUUUGUCUCUCUGGAGGAGGAGGUGGACUACUGGAAGGAACAGACUGCCAAGCACCAACAGAGGGCUGAGGAGGCGCAGGAGGAGCUACAGGAGUUCCAGCAGAUGAGUCGUGACUACGAGGUGGAACUGGAGACUGAACUCAAGCAGUGUGAAACACAGAACCGAGAACUCGUCACACAGAACAACAGGCUACACAUGGAACUGGAGAACUACAAGGAGAAGUAUGAAAGCCAGCACUCGGAGACGUACCGUCAGAUCUCUACUCUGGAAGAAGACCUGGCUGAGACCACAGCCAUCAGAGACCAGCUCCAUAAAUACAUCAGAGAGCUGGAGCAGGCUAACGAUGACCUGGAGAGAUCCAAGAGGGCGACCAUCAUGUCUCUGGAGGACUUUGAACAGAGGAUGAACCACGUGAUAGAGAGGAAUGCCUUCCUGGAGAGCGAGCUGGAUGAGAAGGAGAACCUACUGGAGUCCGUUCAGAGACUGAAGGAUGAAGCCAGAGAUCUAAGACAGGAGUUGGCUGUCCAACAGAAGCAGGAAAGACGACCGUCCUUCGCUGUCACCAAAGACUCUUCCUCAGACAAGACUGAGGACAAAACAUCCCUCCAUACCUCCCAUUCAUCCACACGACCGCCCUCAUCCCUCCAUACCGCCCCUCUUCCUGCUCUCCCUCCAUCCCUCCUCUCCACGCCCUCCAGACCCCCCCACCCCUCAGCAAGCCCCUUCACCACCCCCCCACCCUCUUACAGCAGAGGCGAUGGCCUAUCAGGUGCUUCUCUCACCACGUCGACACGUAUCUCAGCUCUCAACAUCGUAGGAGAACUGCUGAGGAAAGUCGGGAACCUGGAGUCUAAACUAGCGUCCUGUAGGGAGUUUGUCUAUGAACAGUCUCCUGGUCGCAGUACCCUCUCUGGGGGACAGGGGGCGCCACCCAUCCAGAGAGGCACUUCUUCUGACACACCGUCCACCACCAACGGACUCUACGAGAAAGGAAUGGUGAAGAUGUUAGACUUCGGACCAGGACCCAAAAUUAUUCUGUGAACCUCCGCCCCCGCCCUAGCUCCACACCUCAUCAACCCCUCCCUCCAUAUCUAUCAGGGUCGUGUUCACUAGACACCGAAUGGUGCUAAACUGGCUGAAACGGGGAAGGACUAACUGAACGUGUCCGAUAAACUGUUCUUUUUUUGUUGUUGUGCAAAACCUGUUCUGUUGCAAAACGUUUUGCUGCAGUUAGCUACAGCAUGCACUAAUGAAUGUGUCCCUGCCCAGCACAGUCUCCCUAGGUCACCAGGCUUGUAUCCCAGCUUUCAGCUUUCAAUGGGGUUUCAAUGUGCUAGUGUACAGCUCUCACUCUGGAAUGGAAUGGACCAGAUCACUGGACAUCACGGAAGUGAGUCUAGAGUUCUAGAAUGUCAAUGGAACGUCAAUGGAACGUCAGUGUUGAUAUCGACUGUUCUAGAGCGCCGUUGAGGAGCUUUGAUGACGUCACGGAUCAACGGUACUCCUUCCUCUGCGCUUUACCCAGGAUGCUUUGCCCUAGAGGGUUGAGUGAGGACUGAGUGAGGCUUCUAGGUGCGGGGCUUAUGGCUCUGGCACUUCCUGUUGGGACCAACCUGUAGCAGACCCAUAUGUGGUCAAAAGUAGUGCACUAUCUUGGGAACAGGGUGCGACCAGUGUCUAUAGGUCUCUGGUCAAAAGUAGUGUACUAUGUAGGGAACUGUGCCAUUUGAGACGUAAUCACAGUGUCUCGCUACAGUGUUCUGUUUUAGUUCCUUUUGUUGUUUUAUGGAGGAAGAAGUCUUACUGGAACUAAUGCUUAUCCACACAAUAAUGAUUCAUAUUUAAAAAAUUAUAUAUAUUUUACUUCACUUGAAUACACCCCUUUUGUUUUGUCUACCAAUGUUUGAAUGAUAAUGCUGUGACUGAACAGUGACACCUACUGGUUAAGGACAGGAAGUGGAAGUGGAGUGUUAAGAGGGUCAAGAGUAGGGUUGCUAAAUUCAGGUAACUUUCCCCCAAAAUACCCUGGUUUUCCAGAAAUCCUGGUUGUAAAGAUUCCCAGAAUCAGGGUGUAGUAAGCAGGGAAUCUGGAAUCCUUCAGACAGGAUUUCUGGGGAAAAAAACAGGACAUCUUGGGACUAGUCAGGAGGCAGAAGGAAAGUUGGCGUAGAAGGUUUGGUAUGGAAUAGAUAUACUUUGCACUUUUUUACUGCAGGUUCAGGAUCAGAUGUUGUCCCUCUAAUGGUUAAGGGUGGGGAUUGGGGUUACGGUAAUCUGAUCCUAGAUCUGUGGGUGAUUGGUUAGGUUGAAGAAUGUGUUCGGUAUAGAGAGGACUUCUGUGACAGCAUGGGCAGCGCCAUUGAGGGAUUUCUCAAUUUUAAAGUAGUCAAUUUGUUCUUCAACGGUAAAGCGAAGGUUGGUGAUUCACUGCCCCCUGGAGGGUGUUGUCUGAACGGGUAUAAAGACAAGGUUGGUGAUUUACUGCCCCCUGGAGGGUGUUGUCUGAACAGGUAUAAAGACAAGGUUGGUGAUUACUGCCCCCUGGAGGGUGUUGUCUGAACGGGUAUAAAGACAAGGUUGGUGAUUUACUGCCCCCUGGAGGGUGUUGUCUGAACAGGUAUAAAGACAAGGUUGGUGAUUACUGCCCCCUGGAGGGUGUUGUCUGAACAAGUAUAAAGACAAGGUUGGUGAUUUACUGGCACCUGCAGUUAUGUAAUGUUAGUAUAGUAUAAUUCAUUGGCUGAUCAGUCCUGCUGACCUGGAUAGAAUUCUGUAAUCCUUUCCUGACCGAUAGCAAGUACCAGCCACUUCUUGACUACUUCAAAAUGGUGGAAGUCCUCAAUGGCUCGCUCUGCCCAUGCUUAAACCGGCUUCGUGGCACAAGAGCCGUCUAUCCUAGUCUAUGGUGUUGAGGGUGCUACCGAUGGUGGCACGUCAGCCUGGUAAAACCUGACUGAACGCUAGCCUGCGCUCACCUUUUAGAGCUUCAACAUGGCUAGGCUGAUAGAGCACCUUCAACAUGGCUAGGCUGAUAGAGCACCUUCAACAUGGCUAGGCUGAUAGAGAUCUUCAACAUGGCUAGGCUGAUAGAGCACCUUCAACAUGGCUAGGCUGAUAGAGCACCUUCAACAUGGCUAGGCUGAUAGAGCACCUUCAACAUGGCUAGGCUGAUAGAGAUCUUCAACAUGGCUAGGCUGAUAGAGAUCUUCAACAUGGCUAGGCUGAUAGAGAUCUUCAACAUGGAUAGGCUGAUAGAGCACCUUCAACAUGGAUAGGCUGAUAGAGCACCUUCAACAUGGCUAGGCUGAUAGAGAUCUUCAACAUGGCUAGGCUGAUAGAUCUUCAACAUGGCUAGGCUGAUAGAUCUUCAACAUGGCUAGGCUGAUAGAGAUCUUCAACAUGGAUAGGCUGAUAGAGCACCUUCAACAUGGAUAGGCUGAUAGAGCACCUUCAACAUGGCUAGGCUGAUAGAGAUCUUCAACAUGGCUAGGCUGAUAGAUCUUCAACAUGGCUAGGCUGAUAGAUCUUCAACAUGGAUAGGCUGAUAGAGCACCUUCAACAUGGAUAGGCUGAUAGAGCACCUUCAACAUGGCUAGGCUGAUAGAGCAUCUUCAACAUGGCUAGGCUGAUAGAGCUCUUCAACAUGGCUAGGCUGAUAGAGAUCUUCAACAUGGCUAGGCUGAUAGAGCACCUUCAACAUGGCUAGGCUGAUAUAACAGAAUUAGAUUACCAAAGUUAAUGAUGCCUUCUUGAACUAUAAUGUGUUUAAACUAUAGCAAUACAGUAGGAUGUUCUUACUAGUAGAAGUUUUGAAUGAAUGAACAAUCCAUGAGUAAUCCACGUGGAGAUUGAAGCUGUGUUUUAUAGUUGUAAGUGGAAAUGUUGAUAUUUGGUUAUGAACUCAGACAGCCACGUAGGUUGCUCAGAGGGUAGUGGAUAUGACAGACAGCUGAGUAUGUUGCUCAGAGGGAAGUGGUUAUGAACUCAGACAGCUGAGUAUGUUGCUCAGAGGGUAGUGGAUAUGACAGACAGCCACGUAGGUUGACAGAGGGUAGUCCAGAUUUAUGUUUGUUAUGUGACGACCUUACAUGAGAAUGACUGACUAGGGCUGCAAAAUUCAGCCAACUUUCUAGAAUUUCCCACAUAUUCUAUAAAUCAGUGUUAGAAGAUUCACGGAAUCAAGCAGGAAUAAGCAAGAAAUCCAAUAUUCCAACCAGGAAUUCUGUAAAUCCAACAUUCCAACCAGGAAUUCUGGAAAUCCAACAUUCCAACCAGGAAUUCUGGAAAUCCAACAUUCCAACCAGGAAUUCUGGAAAUCCAAUUAUUUAAAAAACAUUUUUAAGUUACCGGAGUUUUUCAAACCUGUGAAUGUGGUUUAGAAUCUCAGAGGUUUUAACCCCUACAAGAUGAGUGUUUAACAUAUUGUAUAUGAUUGCACAAGUGUACCAGAGGUUAUUUGGCUCGGAUAGAUCAGUGGUUCACCACCAAGUAAUGUACUCCAUGCUCUGCCCUCUACCCCCUCAUGAGUCUUUGACCAGUAAGCCUGUGGUCUCAGGAGUCUUUGACCAGUAAGCCUGUGGUCUCAGGAGUCUUUGACCAGUAAGCCUGUGGUCUCAUGAGUCUUCUCAAGUAGCCCCUGUGGAUUGGCCAAUUACUACCCCCAAGGGUUCUAGUACCACUGGUUGUGAACCACUGGGGUUACUAUGCUUGAAUGGUGAAUAACUUUGCCUGAGAUCUGAAGACUUGCGUUAGCACCCUAGUAGGGUAAUGCCUUGGCUUUAACUCAGCGGACUAACACAGUCUCUGAAGGCGCUCAAUGGCCUGGGUAUGUGGGUUUGAAUACCUGGUUGAUCAUUCUCACCCCUAUGUUUUGGGUAUUGGUUGGUUCGUUCUGUGAUGACAGGCUUGGGGCUUAAAUAUCAACACAUUCCCUAUAUAGGGCCAUACUUUUCCCCCCCAGUUAAAAGUAAGGGCAUACUACUUAGUCAUAGGAGCCAGUCAAAAGUAGGAUACUAUAUAGGGAAUAGGGUGCCAUUUAUGGACGCACUCAAAUACUGUCACACCUAUAUUGAUGAUAUUGUCGCUUAUAUCCUGUUGGGUGAAGCUUUGUGCCUUACUCUGAGACCACAGUGUGGUCUGACCUUAUUAAAGAUGUCUCUGUGUAGCUGGGACCUCAGUGUGGUCUGACCUUCUUAAAGAUGUCUCUGUGUAGCUGGGACCUUAGUGUGGUCUGACCUUAUUAAAGAUGUCUCUGUGUAGCUGCGACCUCAGUGUGGUCUGACCUUAUUAAAGAUGUCUCUUUCUACUGCUCAGGUACCGGUAAUAGACCUCAGCCCAUUCAGUUCUAGCCAAUGAUAUAGCGUCAACGCCAAACAAACUAACAUUUAGCCCCAACUACCCUCCCCCCUAGGUCCUAGGCAAAUGUAGUAGAUCUGAAAGUGUUGGAUAGACGCGAGUAGCAACGCAACAUGGUAAAUAACACCUUGUCCUCUGAUGAGGCUAGGUGUCACCAUGUUUAUACCUAUCCAAUCCUUACAGAUUUACCAAGUGCCCAGAGCUAGGUGCUAAGUGGAAGAGAUGAAUAAUAUCAGUUGGCUGCUCAGUACUUUUGCCAUCCAGGAGUAUAAAAAGUUACCAAUUCUGUUUCAAGAGACAAUUGGAACGUCCGUUUAUUUUCCAGGAUUGACUGAAUUGAAAUGGAACCGAGCCCAACCCUGAAAGAAUGACUGAAUUGAAAUGGAACCGAGCCCAACCAUGAAAGAUUGACUGAAUUGAAAUGGAACCGAGCCCAACCCUGAAAGAAUGACUGAAUUGAAAUGGAACCGAGCCCAACCAUGAAAGAAUGACUGAAUUGAAAUGGAACUGAGCCCAACCCUGAAAGUAACCUUGUUCUGUGAUGAGGGAUGACAUAUGAUUACUUCAAGGAAAUGUGUUUUAUGUUACAAAAUGCAUGUAAGGGUUGAUUCACUUGCGUUGGGGUCUUACUUUUCCCCUAUAUGGUACUAGUAAUAAAAUAGGAUGUAAGAAAAUAGAAUGUGUGUUUAUAAUGGGAGUGGACACCUAUGUGUGCCUGUUACUGCUUGGUGCUCAGUAGAAUGUAUGAAGCAAUAUCUUUUGAAACAUUUCUAGCUUUAAAAAAAAAAGAACUCAGUGUGGAAGGGGGUGUGUCUUGGUUCUGUGAAUCAGGAAGUCACAGAGAUGGGACACCCAAUGAGAUGUCAUGUUGUUGCUUUUGUGUAGCCACUCGCAAGCUUCUGUACUAAAAUAUACACGUUUUAGUUUUUCCCAUGAAAUAUGUGUUUCAUCCUGGGAUGCCUCUUCCUGUAUCUAAGUCAUGUUGGGUUAAAUGUGUCUGACCCAACUGUCCUCAAUAAAACUGACUUGGUGAAAGA